GUGAUCGCGCGUUCGCGCCAGGACGUCGUUUCAGCGAGCGGUUGACAAGGAGCUCGUCCCCCAAAGGGCAAAUGGCGGCCGCACGUUCCGCUCGUUAGCCCCGGCGCCAUCGCCCGCCCGUCUCUCCGUGCUUCCACCCCCGCCCGCCGGGGGCCGCCGCCGUCGACGGCCGGCCGACGUGCGCUCGAGACAGAAACCUAACAUCAUCAUCCGCGUCUUCUCGGACGGUGAACCGACCCUUUCUUAGCGUAGCAGAGCGGAGCCCAGGAGACUUGCAUCUUGAGGAAUUAUCUCAAGUCGAUGGGUUGCUGUGGCAGCAGCACUGUAGACGCCGAGGACCAUCUGGACUACAGUGCCGGGAAUGUGACUGUGGUAACUGAUCAAAAGUGCUGGGAUAGCAAAAUGAAAGAAGUAGAUGAACUUGGCAAAACAGUUGUGGUAAAAUUCAGCGCGACUUGGUGUAGCCCGUGCAGGAAUGCUGCUCCUUUAUACGCUGAACUCUCACUGAAGCAUCCUGAAAUUGUUUUCGUGUCCGUGGAUGUGGACGAAAUGCCGGAGCUGGUCACGCAAUUCGACAUACGUGCAACCCCAACAUUCAUUUUCAUGAAAGACAAGGAGGAGAUUGACAAGCUUGUUGGAGGCAACCAUGGAGAUCUUACAGACAAGUUCGAACAGUUCAACCGGCCAAAGCUGUAUGACGAUGUAUGAUCAAUCUCUUUGCCGGUUAGCAAAUUUACUGGAUUGGAUGCAGCAGCAGUUACAGAAAAAUCUACAUAGGUUCAAGAAACUGACCAAACAGAAGUAGGA